AUGCAACCCCCUGGCCUGAGGCGGCGUGGCUCCUACUUCCGCGCUGGAAUCCCAGAUUCUCAGCACCCUGGAGCGAAGAAGCAGCAGCUUCUAGAACAGCAGGCCCAACCCGAGGCCAAGGCCAAGAGGUUAAAGCGUUCGCCGCAGGCCUCACAGCAGGUAUGGCAGCGCUUCCAGAAGGGUGUCUGGCUCUUCCCGUGUUUCAGCAGAAUGAAAACUGGCUGUGUGACCUUGGGCCAGUUGCUCACCCUCUCAGGGUACAGGAGUCUAAGUGGGGCGGUCUGUUGGAAGCCAAGCCCCAGGCCGGUGGAAGAAUUCGGCCCUCCUCCCGGGCACACCCAGGGCUCACGCGCCGCCAGCCUGCCCUUGCUGGGCUCAGACAAGGCUGAGAAUUUUCUGGUCUUUAUCUGGUUUAGUUUUGAGUGCUUCCAGCGGCAGAGGGGCCGUUCCACCAAAGUCCCCAGGAAAUUGGUCCACGUAGGACGGAGCCUUCCCGAGAAUGAAGUCAUCUGUUCCUUUUUUAUUUUUUGUUGCCUUUCUCCUUCAGCACGAGUCACCCGGCCUCUGCAGUCUCUCCCCGCGAAAACACGGCCCGCGAGCGGGUCAGCCGGGCUGGCUGGGGGAAGGAGCGAGGAGAGAACCCCACGGGCCGGGGCUGCCCGGGGCGCCCCCUCGCCGCCCCCGAUCUCUGCCCAGCGCCCGCCUCCCGUUCCCACCCGCGACUUCCCCGGGACCGCCCGAAAGAAUCACCGAGGUUCCCUGAGCUGUGUAGUGCCCGGCUAUGACAAGAUACCCCCUUCACAAAGUGUGGAGACGGAGGCUCGGAGAGGUGCAGUGUUUUACCGAAGCCUCACAGACAGUUUUGCAGAACUGAAAAGCAAAAGCCUUGUGAACUGUCGCCAUCCCUCUGCCUUGGCGUGUCUGUAUGAUUUUAUAUUUUAAUUGUGAUGGAUGCUGAUGGGGGACGUGCCCUGCUCCCUGACCAGAUAACUCAUCUUCAGGAGACUGUCUCACCUCUCAGUUCCUUGAGGGUGUGACCCAGGAGCCUGUGUGCUCGUGUGCCCAUUUGGGUGAAGGAGAGAAGAACGCUUAUUCCGUCUCCUGGCCUGGAUCCAGAAGGGCGCUAUGCUGGGCAGCCUUCCUGCCGCUCAGCCUCCAAGGUCCAGGGGAGGGGGCUGCCCAUGGACCUCAGAUCUCGUGGCCUCACUGAGCCCUCCCAGGGCUCUCCAAGGAUCUGCCUUGGCCUCUGGCUGGGGAAAGUAAAGCCAUGACCGCUCACCCCAGCCCUAGCACAGCAUCCCUGCCUCCUGCUGCUCCAGGGUCCAUGGACCCUCCCGGUCCAGAGACAUCCCGGGGGCUUCUCUGCCCCUCUGCCCCUCUGCCUGGACUCAGACCUACCACAUUCCCUAUUUGUUUAUUUAAAACCAUUUACACGAUGCUUUCUCUGUGCCAGGCACUGUUCUGAGCACUUUAGAGACAUUUAUCCUCAGUAUGAAGCAGGAGCCAUUAUGUCCCCAUUUUACAGACAAGAAAACUGAGGCACAGAGGGGACAAGUGACUGACCCACCUUCCCUCUGGCUUUCACUACAGACCUCUGGGGUGGGGGAAUUGGUGCUCAUAGCCUUCUUAGGUAAUUGCUGCCCCCACGAUUCCAUCCAGCCGCCCGGCGUUUGCUCACGCAGGUUACCUGUCCCCAGACGCAGGCACGAUGGAUGGACAGUCGUCCCUGGCACACUAGGUGGAGCAAGGACAUGGCCCCUGGAACCAGCCACACCAGCUUUGAAUUUGGAUGUGCCGCAUGUAGCUGUGUGAUCCUGGGUAAGUGGCUUCAGGUCUCUUUGGCCACCUGUUAUCUGAAGACUGGGGGCAAAACUGCUUAUCCAAAAGGUUGUAACAAGGAAAAAGCAAGGGAACCCAUCUAAAGCACUGGUGUCCGGCUUGCAAUUUUUCAUUAGUAAAAGCCAUAUUCUCCUCUUUUCUGCCCCAACCCGUCCUCCUGCCCUUCAAAGCAUAGUCA